UGGUCUAUUUAUAGUGCUUUAUUUGUUGCCACGUCUGCCUUUUAUUUUACUUUAGAAUGUGUUUUGCUCAUUGUCGAAGGUUUGAUAUUCAUUACAAGGAGGCUUUUCUGCACAGUUGGAGUGCACCCAACUAGAUGCAAGGAGUUUGAAGAGAGUGGGGAUCCUAAAAAACAUUUUCAAGCUCUUUUGGCAUUGGCUAAGGAGGGAAUUCAAAAAGGGAAGGUGGUUGCAAUUGGUGAAUGUGGAUUGGAUUAUGACAGGCUUCACUUUUGCCCACCAGAAGUUCAAAAGAAGUAUUUUGAGAAGCAGUUUGAAUUAGCAUAUGCCACAAAGCUGCCCAUGUUUCUGCAUAUGCGUGCAGCUGCAGAAGAUUUCUGUGAAAUUAUGGAACGAAAUAUUAACAAGUUCACUAGUGGGGUUACUCAUUCAUUUACCGGUAGUGCUGAAGACCGUGAUAAGCUUCUCUCAUUUCAUAACAUGUAUAUAGGUGUAAAUGGAUGCUCUCUGAAGAUGGCUGAAAAUCUUGAUGUUGUGAGGGGCAUACCUGUUGAAAGAAUGAUGAUUGAGACUGAUUCUCCAUAUUGUGAAAUCAAGAGUACUCAUGCUGGGAUUAAUUUUGUGAAAUCCUUAUGGCCUUCUAAGAAGAAAGAGAAGUAUGACAAAGAGUGUCCUGUUAAAGGGCGUAAUGAACCUUGUUUAGUGCUGCGAGUGAAACUGCUUUUUCCAGUAUAAGAAGAAUGAGCUGUUGUUUGCUGAAAUAGAGUAUAUGCAGAAAAAGGUUAAAAUAGUGAAAUGCACUGUGAAUGACAUACCGGUGGACAUCUCUUUCAAUCAAACGGCUGGUCUAUCUGCACUUUGCUUUCUGGAGAAGGUUUGAGUUUUUGGUGGAUGCAUAGUCCAGGAUUAGCUGAAUUCAUGCAUAGUGACUUGUUUAAGCUAACUGAUUAUCUUAAAGUGUGCAUUCUAUCAUUAUUUUGUUCUAUUUGUAUUUUGUUAUAUUUCUGGUGUAGUAUGAUAAGUGCGGUAUUUUGUUUGGCGGGAUGUAUUUAUAUCAUAGAUUAUUAUUCUUUUCAAUAUUUUGAUAAUGAAUUUUAAUUUUUUUUAUA